CAGCUGAGGAUCCGAGAGCUGCUGGAAGGUCGGGGGCGGGGCGUGCGGAGGCCGGGAAGGUGCCCCGGGCUGGCUGUGAGGCCGGCUCUGUGUGGAACUGCGCAGCGCCCCCCGCGCCCCGCUCCGGGAGCCCCACGCCCGCGCCCGCCAUGCCAGAGCAGUUCAGCAUCGCCGAGUUCCUGGCCGCCACCGCAGAGGACAUCAGCUCCCCGGCUGGGGCCGCCGCCUUCGCCACCAAGAUGUCCCGGUGCCGGGGGGCGGCGCUGGCGCGGGAGGAGAUCCUGGAAGGAGACCAAGCCAUCCUGCAGAGAAUAAAGAAGGCUGUGCGGGCAAUCCAUAGCUCUGGCCUUGGCCAUGUAGAGAACGAAGAGCAGUACCGAGAGGCCGUGGAAUCCUUAGGCAAUAGCCACCUGUCCCAGAACAGCCAUGAGCUGUCCACAGGCUUCCUGAACUUGGCCGUGUUCACCAGAGAGGUGGCUGCGCUCUUCAAGAACUUGGUUCAGAACCUGAACAACAUUGUCUCAUUCCCCCUGGACAGUCUGAUGAAGGGGCAGCUGAGGGACGGGCGACAGGAUUCCAAAAAGCAGCUGGAGAAAGCAUGGAAGGACUAUGAAGCCAAAAUGGCCAAGGUGGAGAAGGAGCGUGAUCGGGCCAGGGUGACAGGAGGGAUCCAUGGGGAAGUGGCCCAGGACACGCAGAGAGAGCGGCGCAUCUUCCAGCUGCACAUGUGUGAGUAUCUGCUCAAAGCUGGAGAGAGCCAGAUGAAGCAAGGUCCUGACUUCCUUCAGAGCCUCAUCAAGUUCUUCCAUGCCCAGCACAACUUUUUCCAAGAUGGCUGGAAGGCUGCCCAGAGCCUGUCCCCCUUCAUCGAGAAGCUGGCAGCCUCAGUACAUGCACUCCAUCAAGCCCAGGAGGAGGAGCUACAGAAGCUGACCCAGCUCCGAGACUCUCUCCGAGGGACUCUGCAGCUUGACAGCAGAGAGGGACAGGAACACCUGAGUCGAAAGAACUCAGGAGGUGGCUACAGCAUCCACCAGCACCAAGGCAACAAGCAGUUUGGGACGGAGAAAGUGGGCUUUCUAUACAAGAAAAGUGACGGAAUUCGAAGAGUCUGGCAGAAAAGGAAGUGUGGAGUCAAGUAUGGCUGCCUGACCAUCUCACACAGCACGAUAAACCGGCCCCCAGUGAAGCUGACCCUGCUGACAUGCCAAGUGAGGCCAAACCCUGAGGAGAAAAAGUGCUUCGACCUGGUGACCCACAACCGGACGUACCACUUCCACGCGGAGGACGAGCAUGAGUGUGAGGCGUGGGUGUCAGUGCUCCAGAACAGCAAGGACGAAGCCCUGAGCAGCGCCUUCCUCGGGGAGCCCAGCGGUGGCCCAGGGUCCUGGGGGACUGCCGGGCAGGACGGGGAGCCCCAGGACCUCACGAAGCUGCUCAUCGCGGAGGUGAAGAGCAGGCCUGGGAACAGCCAGUGCUGCGACUGCGGGGCUGCAGACCCCACGUGGCUCAGCACCAACCUGGGCGUGCUCACCUGCAUCCAGUGCUCGGGCGUCCACCGCGAACUGGGCGUGCGCUUCUCGCGCAUGCAGUCACUCACCUUGGACCUGCUGGGCCCCUCCGAGUUGUUGCUGGCCUUGAACGUUGGAAACACGAGCUUCAAUGAGGUCAUGGAGGCCCAACUACCCUCACACGGCGGCCCUAAACCCUCAGCUGAGAGUGACAUGGGCACCCGCAGGGACUACAUCGUGGCCAAGUAUGUGGAGCACAGGUUUGCGCGCCGGUGCACACCUGAGCCUCAGAGACUCUGGACAGCCAUUUGUAACAGGGAUCUCCUGUUGGUACUGGAGGCCUUUGCCAAUGGUCAGGACUUUGGACAACCACUGCCAGGGCCUGAUGCACAGGCACCUGAAGAGCUCGCUCUACACUUGGCUGUCAAAGUUGCCAACCAGGCCUCCCUGCCUCUGGUGGAUUUCAUCAUCCAGAACGGUGGUCCCCUGGAUGCCAGGGCUGCGGAUGGGAGCACGGCUGUGCACUAUGCGGCCCUCUACAACCAGCCCGACUGCAUCAAGCUGCUGCUGAAGGGGAGAGCUUUGGUUGGCACAGUAAACGGAGCAGGGGAGACAGCUCUGGACAUAGCCAGGAAGAAGCAGCACAAGGAGUGUGAGGAGCUGCUGGAGCAGGCCCAGGCAGGGACCCUUGCCUUCCCUCUGCAUGUGGACUACUCCUGGGGAAUUUCCACAGAGCCCGGCUCUGAGAGUGAGGAGGAUGACGACGAGAAGCGCUACUUGCUGAAACCCCCUGCUCAGGCCCACUGGGCCAGUGGGAGGCUGGACAUCAGCAACAAGACCUACGAGACUAUCGCCAGCUUAGGAGCAGCCAACCUUCAGGGCGAGAGUGAGGAGUGUCCCCCGCCCUUGCCCAUCAAAAACUCUUCUCGGACCAUGGUCCAAGGGUGUGCAAGACGCGCCAGUGGAGAUCGUUCUGAAGUCCCCAGCCUGAGUUCAGAUGCCUCUGAGGCCCCUGAGAGCCUGGGCAGUCCAGCCUCCUCCUCCUCCUCCUCCAGCCUCAUGAGCCCCACGGACCCUGGGGGUCCCAGCCAAGCCCCACCCAGCUCUGAAGAUGACCUCCGGGAGCCCCCAGGCACCUCCAGACCCAGCCUGACAUCCGGGACCACCCCUUCAGAGAUGUAUCUCCCCGUCAGGUUCAGCUCUGAGAGCACUCGCUCCUAUCGGCGGGGGGCACGGAGCCUGGAAGAUGGUUCCUCAGCCAGGCAGCCUCUGCCCAGAAGGAACAUGCCGGUUGGCUUCACUGAAGGAGAUGGCUCAAGGACUGGGACUCUCCCAGCAAGUUCUAUGCAACUUUUGCAAGACUAGAUCCUUGCUGGCCUCCACAUGCCCCAUGCUGGGCCCCAACGUUCAGAGCUGGGACUUGAGCUCACAAAACUGGGGAGCUGAGGCAUUUGUUCUCUUGGGUCUCGCUCUCUCUGUCCCUUGUGCCUCUGUGGUUGGCCUUCUUCCCGCCACGGGCCAUGCCCCUACCAAGGACACAUGGCCUUUCUCUGUUAGGGCUGAUGGCGAUUCUUUCCUAUCUCAUUACCCAUUAGGGUCCUGGGAGCCCCGUGGCUGGAUCUGAGAGUUCCUGUGCUGGCUUCAGCUGCAGAACCCUCCAUCCCCCAUUAGAUCAAGACUCUAUUUCUCCCAUCAGUCUGGGGGUUUCACAAGGGGAGGAGAGCCUUCCAUCACUGACUUCCAGAUCAGGGAUUCUGCCAAGUAGGGACUCUCUUCUCAGCCAGUCAUUUAUUAGUCUCGUAUUCCUUUUCUAAAUUCCAGCUCUAGGUCUGAACCUGUGUUAGGCACAUAGUAAGACAGGGGCCCUGCAGGGGUGGUCGUUUGGUGGAAAGCUGGUCUUAAGGGUUGGGCUUGGGAAUAGGCAGGGUCAGAUUCCAGGGCAUGGUUCUGGACUCAGCUGGUUCGUACCUGUAUGGCCACAGCAGUCGUCUACAGACCACAUCCAUCUGGCUGUUCAACAUGCAUGCUGUACUGGCUGUUAAAUAAAAAUAUUCUGAAUGUCACUCCUUUUGAGGGACAGCACAGCCUUCCCUAGGCACUCUCCUAUUUUCCCCAGCCAAGUAAUAGAGUCGGAUAUACUCACAUUUGCCUGUGUCCAUGAUUUAGCAGGAAGGAAAGGAAUGGUCUGGGUUGAUGGAUGUCCACUUCUGUUCUCUUUCUCUUUGUCAACACAGGAGCCUUCUAAUCUGAGGGAGUGGAGAGGCAAAGAAAGGAGAGUGAUAGAAAUGGGAGGGCAGAGACUUAAGGUUCUGCUUCCCAGCACUAGAAAUUCUGUCAUUUCUCAGCCCCAAUGAGAAAGCAGAUAUACCUAAGCCAUCAUCAACUGCUAACAUCUCAACUUGCUAGUUGCUGGGUGCUGAGCCCUGGCAGGAAUGGGCCAAGCUAAGCAGGGGAGACCAGAGAGCACCAGUGGCCAACACUGCUGCCUGGCUGGAGAGGGUGCUGUUUGCCCUGGAGACCUGACUGGUCUGUGGUUCCCACAGGAACAGGGUUGUCUUUUUAGCCCCCAGUAUCUGGUUUCAUUCAUCUCAGACUUGUUAUUUCAUUCAUCUCUAAUAAAGGAUUGGGGGGUCAA